GAAAGAAAGGUUCUCACAUUGGCAGAAGUUCUUCCGAAGUGUGGAUUAGGGUCGACUUCAAGAAGCAGGGGAGGCAUGGACUGUAUACUUUUCGAGCCAUGAAAAGAUUGACUGCGGGCACGUCCGGACCACACAUCUCUCCACGUGUGUUUGAUUCCGAUCUGUGCUCGAAUACGGACCUUGACUCAGCCUGAAGACAUCGGUAUUUAAGCAGUUCCAAUGCUAUACCCUAAACACCAUCCCCUCGAGUCCUUUUCUUCCUCACCCUCACCCUCACCCUCGCUCUCACCUACACAACCAUGCGUACCAUCUCCAGUGAAUUCGAAGAGCUCUCCGAUGCUGUCGAUGCAGUUAACGUCCUCAAAGGCAAGGCACCCGCUUUCUGGGACAGCAAGUCCGAGUUUGACGAAACCAUGGACAAGACGCGAUUCCGCCAGUACGAGGACGCGUGUGAUCGAGUUAAGACCUUCUACAAAGAACAGCACGAAAAACAGACUAUGGAGUUUAACAUCCAGGCGCGCGCCAACUUCCGCAAAAACGUUCGGGCGAGAAUGGGCGUCUGGGAAGCAAUCGAGAUGCUUGAUACACUCAUCGACGAGUCGGACCCUGAUACCGAACUUUCGCAAAUAACUCACCUCCUUCAGACCGCUGAGUCCAUCCGGCGGGAUGGAAAGCCCGAAUGGAUGCAAGUGACCGGACUAGUGCAUGAUCUCGGAAAGCUGCUCUUUCUCUUUGGUUCCGAGGGACAAUGGGAUGUCGUCGGGGACACGUUUGUUGUAGGGUGCCGGUUCUCAGAUAAGAUCAUUUAUCCGGAUACUUUUGCAAACAACCCGGACUCGGCGGACCCUGUUUAUUCAUCGGAGUACGGCGUAUACAAGCCUCACUGUGGAUUGGAAAAUGUCAUGCUAUCAUGGGGACACGAUGAGUAUCUCUAUAACGUUCUUAAAGAUCAAUCGUCCCUACCCAAGGAAGGUCUUGCCAUGAUCCGCUUCCACAGCUUCUACCCAUGGCACCGCGAAGGCGCAUACGCACACCUUACCAAUGAAGAAGACCAAAAAUUGCUCGUAGCUGUCCAAGCCUUCAACCCGUACGAUCUGUAUAGCAAAAGCAACGAAUCCAUUGACAUCGAGAAGCUCAAGCCGUACUACAAAGGCUUAAUUGAAAAAUUCUUCCCGCCGGUUCUGGACUGGUGAACAUGUCGCCAAAAUUAUAUCCCUCCUGCGUUCUAAUGCUUUCGAUAUAUGCUAUUGUACUGUCUUGUUAUGGAUACUGCUUCGCUCUCCUUAAAUAGUCUAGCCUAAUGUUUUAAUGACAAUUCUACGCGCUUAGGCACAUACCCAUACACGAUGUUCAUACAUGAUUUGAUUUUACGACAUGUAUUCCCGAAGGAAUGAAUGUAACAAUCGACCCUAUCAGUUUCAUUUCUCCGGCCUUGAUAACGAACGAGCCAGGGUGAUUCCCUAGUUUUACCCGGGAGAUCUCACUA